AUGGCACCCGACAUUGAUCGCCUUUGGGUUUCCGCCCCUGAAUCCACCCCUGAAUCCAGUACGGAGAAGGACAACCUCAUCAAGAGGGCAUUGAACCAGAAGAUCCUCGUGCCGGAUAUCCUAUCUCUCAUGCCAGCGUGGGCGAGUGACGUCCAGCCUGAUAUUGAUGAGAUCAACGAGCAGAUUGACCAAUGGCUGAAAACCGUCAACGUCGAUGAGAAGAAGAAGGCGAAGCAUCGAGCACGGGGAAAUUACACUCUCCUGGCAGCUGUCUACUACCCACACUGCCAGAAGGAUAAGAUGCUUAUCCUGACCCAGUUUCUCUACUGGAUCUUCUUCUGGGACGACGCAAUCGACACCGGUGGCGAGCUCACGGAAGACGACGCUGGAACGGCCCUCUGCUGCGAGGAAACCAAUCGAUGCAUAGACGACUGUCUAGGUCCCAGUCCCAACUACACGCCCCCUCCCAACUCUCGAGGCACUGUCGAAAUGUUCUACCCCAUUCUCCGGGACCUCCGUGCCGGCCUGGGCCCCGUGGCUACCGAACGCCUGCGAGAGGAGCUUCACGACUACGUGAACGGCGUCCAACGACAGCAGGGCGUCCGCCAGGCGGAUUGCCUCCCGAACCCCUGGUACCACUUCAAGAUCCGAUCCGACGACGUGGGCGUGAUCCCCAGCAUCACCCAGAACGAGUUUGCCAUGGAGUUCGAGCUGCCUGAAUACGUCCGCCGGCACGAGGCCAUGGAGGUCAUUGUUGCGGAAUGCACCAAGCUGACCAUCCUGCUGAAUGAGGUCCUGUCCCUCCAGAAGGAAUUCCGCGUCUCCCAGCUCGAGAACUUGUGUCUUCUCUUCAUGAACACGUACAACAUGUCGCUGCAGGCCGCAAUCGACCAAGUACUGUAUCUCAUCCGCGAACGUUACGCGAUUUGCAUCGCUGCUGAGGAAAGACUGCCCUGGAGCAAAGACGAUGAGGCUCUGAAUGCCAACAUCCGCGAGUACGUGCGCGGCUGCCAGAGAUUAGCUACGGGAACGGCAUACUGGAGCUACUACUGUGAGAGAUACUUCAUGAGCACUCAGGUCAACGAGAAGCGGGAGGUCCUGCUGAAUCUCUCCUACGAAUGA